CCCCUUAACUUUUCAAAAAUGGAUGGUGGCGGGUGUGUUUCUGUGAGCUGGUCACAGGAGAGACAGGAUAGCGAAUGGAGGAAGAGAACCUACGAGCAAAUAAGAGAUUCAGAGCUAUUAGACAUUAAAAGUAGACCUGCAAAAAUUUUUUGUUUAUCCUCUUCAAGUUCAAAUGUACCAUGUACUAAUGUCAUUAAGCAAAGCAAGACCAACAGGCACACUCCAGUAUCAAUACAUCAGCAACAACAGCAACAAUCAUCAUCCUCCAGUGAUCAGUUUUCAUCCAUUACUCAGCAUUGUGUUAAAUGUCAAUCAGGAUAUGGUGGUCACCUUAGUCAUAUACUGGAAAAAAACUGACACCAUUUGACUGUUUAUAGUUAUAUAUACAUGCCUCUAUUCCUACUGUUAUUUAUUUUGUUUAUUAUUUAUUUUUGGAGAUUUUAGCAGGAGAUUUUAGUGAUUUUAAUAAUUAAUU